CCGCCCGCCGCCCGCCCAGCGGCUCCCACCGUGAGGGCCGAGCUCGGACCCCUGUCCCCGCAGGACGGACAGGAGGGGGGGCUCAGCUCGGCCCCCCCUGCUCAACAGCCAUGGGCAGCCACGAGAAGGACCCGUCCUCCCCGAAAAGAGCCCUGUCCCGCUCCAACAGCACCGUGUCUUCCAAGCACAGCAGCGUCCAGCAGGGCUCGGAGAGCUGGGAGGUGGUGGAGGAGCCUCGUGCACGGGGCAGCCCAGGGCAGGAGCUGCAGAGGCACGAGGGGUACCUGCUCAAGAAGAGGAAAUGGCCCUUGAAGGGUUGGCACAAGCGGUACUUUGUGCUGGAAAACGGGAUCCUGAAAUACUCCACCACCCGCCAGGACGUCCUCAAGGGCAAACUGCACGGUGCCAUCGACGUCCGUCAGUCCGUCAUGUCCGUCAACAAGAAGGCGCAGAGGGUCGACCUGGACACGGAGGAGAACAUUUACCACCUCAAGAUCAAGUCCCCGGAGCUGUUCUCCAGCUGGGUGAGCAGCCUCUGCACCCACCACCAUGGGGACAAGCCCUGUCCCAUGGGGGGUCCUGGGGGCAGGACCCCCACCAGCUCCCAGGGCCAGUGGACGCGGAUCUUGCCCUCGGGCAGUGCCCCCGCCCUGUCCACGCUGACCAGCUCCCGGGACAAGGUGAACGCCUGGCUGAAGGACAGCGAGGGGCUGGAGCGCUGCUCGGCCGAGCUGUCGGAGUGCCAGGCCAAGCUGCAGGAGCUGACGGGGAUGCUCCAGAACCUGGAGGCCCUGCACCGCAUCCCCUCAGCCCCACUCAUCUCCGGCAGCCAGCCCUCGGCCGCCACGGAGAGGCCGAAGAAGGGCCGGAGGACCACCAAGAUCUGGUGCACCCAGAGCUUUGCCAAGGACGACACCAUCGGCAGGGUGAGGGUGGGCCGCCUGCACGGCUCCGUCCCCAACCUGUCCCGCUACCUGGAGUCCUCGCAGAGCCAGCUGCCCUUCGGCCUCCCCCCGGAGUACACGCAGCUGCAGCGCAGCUUCUGGGUGCUGGCCCAGAAAGUGCACGGCUCGCUCAGCAGCGUGGUGGCCGUGCUGGUGGCCGAGAGGGCCCGUCUGGAGGAGAUGCAGCAGGCGCUGGACCGGCAGGGCCCAGCCCCGCGCCCCGGCAGCGCCGCGCCCGCCCUGCGCCGCUUCCACUCCCUCUCCGUCUCCUCCGACACCACCCUGGAUUCCUUCGCCUCACUGCACUCUGAUGAGCCCGAUGCGCUGCCCGCCAAGGGCCGGGAGCAGCAGCUCUCCAACCGCAGCAUCGUCUCGCUGGCUGACUCCCACACCGAGUUCUUCGACGCCUGCGAGGUCUUCCUGUCCGCCAGUUCCUCCGAGAAUGAGCCCUCGGACGACGAGUCGUGCGUCAGCGAGGCCCCCACCAGCGUCUGCGAGGAGGGCACCGAGCCGGGGGGGCCGGGCCGCCCCCCGACAGGAGUGGAGCGCCCGGGGGCACCAUCGGAGCCGCCACCGCCGCCGGUGGAGCUGCCAGGGCCAGACCCGCAGCGGAGGAGCCGGCUGCCCGCGCCCCCCGCGCCGUCGGGGGACGUGAGCCUGUGGGGGCUCCUGCGGAGCAGCGUGGGCAAGGACCUGUCCCGCGUGGCGCUGCCCGUGCAGCUCAACGAGCCGCUGAACACGCUGCAGCGGCUCUGUGAGGAGCUGGAGUACAGCGCGCUCCUCGACCGCGCCAGCCGCGCCAGAGACCCCCGGCAGAGGCUGGUGUACGUGGCUGCCUUCGCCGUGUCCGCCUACGCCUCCACCUACUACCGGGCGGGCAGCAAACCCUUCAACCCCGUGCUGGGGGAGACCUACGAGUGUGUGCGACCUGACCGGGGCUUCCGCUUCAUCAGCGAGCAGGUCUCCCACCACCCUCCCAUCUCCGCCUGCCACGCCGAGUCCGACAACUUCAUCUUCUGGCAAGACAUGAGGUGGAAGAACAAGUUCUGGGGCAAAUCCCUGGAGAUCGUCCCCGUGGGCACCGUCAAUGUCCAGCUGCCCAGGACCGGAGACCACUACGAGUGGAACAAGGUGACCACGUGCAUCCACAACGUGCUGAGCGGGCCCCGCUGGAUCGAGCACUACGGGGAGGUGCUGAUCCGCAACACCCGCGACGCCUCCUACCACUGCAAGCUCACCUUCUGCAAG